AUCUGCAUGCGAAACACAUGCACAACUGGUGCCUCAGAAAACAAGUGACCACUGGGCAAAGCAGGUGUGGGCUCUAGUCCCCGACCUGCUACUACUACUGUGGGACGACAGGCACGCCGGGUGGCCCUCACUGGCCUGCGGCUGGACGUGAUUGUUGCAGGCUCUGCACUGAUACUGACACAGCACUCCAGACAUCGUGAGCCAGGAAAGGCGUUUCCUACAGGAGCAAGGGCUCAGCCUUGCACCGACACACCGGCACACACGCUACCGAGACUCUGUAGUUUCUGGCACAUCUACACUUGGAAAAAAAAAAAGGCUGUUCCUGAACUCAGCUGGCCAGAGUUUGCGGUAGAACUUACGCCUCUGCCCCUGGACACCGGAGGUCCCCAGGCACCGGCAGUCUGAGAACUCGGCCGCCUCCGCAGACCUCCGGCCUCAGGGCACCUGCUGCAGGCGGCCCGCGCGCGCCACGGGCCGCAGCCCCGCCCACCCCAGCAGCAGCCCGCCGCGCCCGCCCGCGCCCCCCUGCCCCGGGGCUCCCCAGACGGCACGGGCCCGCUCUCGCUCCGGGUGCCGGAAGCGCGGCCCCGCGCGGGACUAUUUUCCGCGGACCCUCGGGCGGCGGGCGGAGGGAUCCCGCUCAGAGUCCGUGAGGCGCGCGGCACGUGCGGCCCGCGGCCCGGGCAGUGCGCCUGCGCGUCGCCGCCGCCGGCCGGUCCGCCCGAGCGCCCGCCGCCCGCGAGGGGAGCCCCGCCGCCGCGGCAGCCAUGGCGCAGGCCCUCCCCAUCCGCCUCCGGGAGCUCUUCCAGCUCCAAAACCUGGGAAUUAAUCCAGCCAACGUUGGGUUCAGCACACUGACCAUGGAAUCUGACAAGUUCAUAUGUGUCCGAGAGAAAGUUGGUGAGCAGGCUCAGGUAGUGGUGAUUGACAUGAGUGACCCAGCGGUACCAAUCAGAUGGCCUAUCUCUGCAGAAAGUGCCAUCAUGAAUCCAGCCUCUAAAGUGAUAGCUCUGAAAGCUGGGAAGAUGCUCCAAAUAUUUAAUAUUGAGAUAAAGAGUAAAAUAAAGUCUCAUACAAUGACAGAAGAGGUGAUCUUCUGGAAAUGGGUCUCUGGGAACACUGUUGCCCUGGUGACUGAAACCACAGUCUACCACUGGAGCAUGGAAGGUGACUCCCAGCCCGUGAAGAUGUUUGAGAGACAUGCCAGUCUGGCAGGGUGCCAGAUCAUCCACUACCGGACUGACCGAUAUCAGAAGUGGCUGCUGCUUGUUGGCAUCUCAGCUCAGCAAAACCGUGUGGUUGGGGCAAUGCAGCUCUACUCCGUGGACAGGAAGGUCUCCCAACCCAUAGUAGGCCACGCCGCUGCUUUUGCAGAGUUCCAGAGCGAGGGGAAUGCCAAGCCUGCCACCCUUUUCUGCUUCGCUGUACGCAGUCCUGCAGGGGGCAAGUUGCACAUAGUUGAAGUUGGACAGCCUGCAACAGGAAACCAGCCUUUUGUAAAGAAAGCUGUGGACGUGUUUUUCCCUCCCGAAGCUCAGACUGAUUUCCCUGUGGCUGUGCAGGUUGGAGCUAAACAUGGUGUUAUUUACUUGAUCACAAAGUAUGGCUGUCUUCAUAUGUAUGACCUGGAGUCUGGCGUGUGCAUCUACAUGAACCGUAUUAGUGCUGACACGAUCUUUGUAACUGCCCCACAUGAACCUACCUCUGGAAUUAUCGCUGUCAACAAAAAGGGGCAGGUGCUGUCCGUUUGUGUUGAGGAAGAUAACAUUGUGAAUUAUGCAGCCAACGUGCUUCAGAAUCCAGACCUUGGUCUGCGUUUGGCCAUCCGUAGUAACCUGGCUGGGGCAGAGGAGUUACUUGUGAGGAAGUUCCAUGGCCUCUUUGCACAGGGGAGCUAUGCUGAAGCCGCCAAAGUGGCAGCGACUGCACCAAAGGGCAUCCUGCGCACCAGUGACACAGUUCGGAAAUUCCAAAGUAUUCCCAGCCCCCCUGGGCAGGCUUCUCCUUUGCUCCAGUACUUCGGAAUCUUACUUGACCAGGGUCAGCUCAAUAAACUUGAAUCCCUAGAACUUUGCCGACUGGUUCUUCAGCAGGGACGCAAGCAGCUCUUAGAAAAGUGGCUGAAAGAAGAUAAGCUGGAGUGUUCAGAAGAACUUGGAGAUUUGAUCAAAACCACUGACCCUACACUCGCUCUGAGUGUGUACCUUCGGGCAAAUGUGCCAAGCAAAGUUAUCCAGUGUUUUGCAGAAACAGGCCAAUUCCAGAAAAUUGUGCUGUAUGCCAAAAAGGUCGGCUACGCCCCAGACUGGAUCCUCUUGCUCAGGAGUGUGAUGAGGGUCAGUCCAGAACAGGGCUUGCAGUUUUCUCAAAUGCUAGUGCAGGGUGAGGAGCCACUGGCCAACAUUGACCAGAUUAUAGACAUUUUCAUGGAAAGCAGUUUAAUUCAGCAGUGUACUUCCUUCUUGUUGGAUGCCUUGAAAAAUAACCGCCCAGCCGAGGGGCACCUCCAGACUCGCCUGUUGGAGAUAAACCUGAUUCACGUACCCCAGGUCGCAGAUGCCAUCCUGGGAAACCAGAUGUUCACUCAUUACGACCGGGCGCACAUAGCUCAGCUCUGUGAGAAGGCGGGCCUGCUGCAGCGGGCUCUGGAGCACUACAGUGACCUCUACCACAUCAAGAGGGCUGUGAUCCACACUCACCUCCUCAAUCCUGAGUGGCUCGUCGACUUCCUUGGCUCCUUGUUAGUGGACGAUUCUUUGGCGUGUCUGCACGCUCUGCUGUCUGCCAGCGUCAGACAGAACCUUCGGCUGUGUGUGCAGGUGGCCUGCAAGUACCAUGAGCGGCUGGGCACGCAGUCCCUGGUGCAGCUCUUCGAAUCCUUCAGGAGUUAUGAAGGCCUCUUCUACUUCCUGGGCUCAAUUGUGAACUUUAGCCAAGAUCCAGACGUGCACUUGAAAUACAUUCAGGCUGCCUGUAAGACAGGGCAGAUCAAGGAAGUCGAGAGGAUAUGCCGGGAGAGUAAUUGCUAUGACCCAGAGCGGGUGAAGAACUUCCUGAAGGAGGCCAAGCUCACAGACCAGCUUCCCCUCAUCAUUGUGUGUGAUCGGUUUGACUUUGUCCACGAUCUCGUCCUGUACUUAUACCACAGCAGCCUGCAGAAGUACAUCGAGAUCUACGUUCAGAAGGUCAACCCUAGUCGGAUCCCAGCUGUGGUUGGAGGGCUGCUUGACGUGGAUUGUUCUGAGGAAGUAAUCAGAAACCUGAUCAUGGGGGUGAGAGGACACUUCUCUACCGAGGAGCUGGUGGCUGAAGUAGAAAAAAGGAACAGGCUGAAGCUGCUGCUUCCCUGGCUGGAGUCCCGGAGUCGCGAAGGCUGUGAAGAGCCCGCCACGCACAACGCCCUCGCCAGGAUCUACAUCGACAGUUGCAGCAGCCCAGAGCACUUCCUGAGAGAGAACCCCUACUACGACAGCCGCGUGGUGGGCCGCUACUGCGAGAGGCGGGACCCCCGUCUGGCCUGCGCUGCCUAUGAGCGGGGGCAGUGUGACCUUGAGCUCAUCAAGGUUUGCAAUGAGAAUUCUAUGUUCAAAACUGAGGCCUGCUACCUGGUGCACAGGAAGGAUCCGGAGCUCUGGGCCCAUGUCCUCGAGGAGACCAACCCCUGCAGGAGACAGCUGAUUGACCAGGUGGUACAAACGGCAUUGGCAGAAACACAGGAUCCUGAAGAGAUCUCAGUCACUGUCAAGGCCUUCAUGACAGCUGACCUGCCCAACGAACUAAUUAAGCUGCUAGAGAAGAUUAUUCUGGAUAGCUCUGUCUUCAGCGAGCACAGGAAUCUCCAGAAUCUGCUGAUCCUGACUGCCAUGAAGGUGGACCACACCCGGGUCAUGGAGUACAUCAGCCGCCUGGACAACUAUGAUGCCCCAGACGUCGCAGACAUCGCCAUCAGCAAUGCACUGUAUGAGGAGGCCUUCACCAUCUUCUGCAAGUUCGCUGUAAACGCCUCAGCAGUCCGGGUCCUGAUUGAGCACAUUGGAAACCUAGACCGAGCGUACGAGUUUGCAGAGAGGUGCGGUGAGCCUGCUGUGUGGAGCCAGCUGGCCUACGCCCAGCUCCAGAAAGACCUGGUGAAGGAAGCCAUCGACUCCUACGUUAGGGCUGACGACGCUUCCUCUUAUCUGGAGGUUGUUCAGGCAGCCAGCAGAAGCAACAAUUGGGAGGAUCUGAUUAAAUUCCUGCAGAUGGCCAGAAAAAAGGGCCACGAAUCCUAUAUAGAGACUGAACUUAUUUUUGCCUUUGCUAAAACCAGCCGUCUGUCUGAGCUGGAAGAUUGUAUUAAUGGACCCAACAGUGCCCACAUCCAGCAGGUUGGAGACCGCUGUUACAAGGAGGGGAUGUAUGGGGCCGCCAAGCUGCUGUUCAGCAGUGUCUCUAACUUCGCCUGCCUGGCUUCCACCCUGGCCCACCUCAGGGAGUACCAGGCCGCUGUGGACAGCAGCCAGAAGGCCAACAGCACGCGCACGUGGAAGGAGGUGUGCUUGGCCUGCGUGGAUGGGCAGGAGUUCCGCCUGGCACAGCUGUGUGGUCUUCACAUUGUUAUUCAUGCAGACGAGCUGCAGGAGCUGAUCAGCUAUUACCAGGAUCGAGGCUACUUUGAAGAGCUGAUCUCCCUGCUGGAAGCAGCCCUGGGCCUGGAGCGGGCCCAUGUGGGCAUGUUCACGGAGCUGGCCGUCCUCUACUCCAGAUUCAAGCCUCAGAAGAUGUCCGAGCACCUGGAGCUCUUCUGGUCUCGUCUCAACAUCCCAAAGGUGCUGAGAGCCGCAGAGCAGGCGCACCUCUGGGCGGAGCUGGUGUUCCUCCAGGACAAGUACGAGGAGUACGACAGUGCCCUCCUUACCAUGAUCAGUCACCCCACUGAUGCCUGGAGGGAAGGGCAGUUCAAGGACGUCAUUGCCAAGGUCGCCAAUGUGGAGCUCUACUACAAAGCCCUGCAGUUCUAUUUGGAUUACAAACCGCUGCUCAUCAAUGACCUGCUGCUCGUGCUGGCACCCUGGCUGGACCACAGCCGGACCAUCAGCUUCUUCUCAAAGGCAGGGCAGUUGCCCCUAGUGAGGCCUUAUCUGCGGUCAGUCCAGAGCCACAACAACAAGAGUGUGAACGAAGCACUCAACCACCUGCUGACAGAAGAGGAAGACUACCAGGGUUUGAGAGCAUCUGUUGAUGCCUACAACAACUUUGACAACAUCGCCCUGGCGCAGAGGUUGGAGAAGCACCAACUGAUCGAGUUCCGGCGCAUUGCCGCUUACCUGUACGAGCGCAGCAGCCGGUGGGCCCAGAGCGUGGAGCUGUGCAAGAAGGACCGGCUCUACAAGGACGCCAUGCGGCUUGCUGCGGCAUCCGGGGACGCUGCGCUGGCUGAGAAGCUGCUGCGGUGGUUCCUGGAGGAGGGCAAGCAGGAGUGCUUCGCAGCCUUUCUCCUCACCUGCUACGACCUGCUUUCCCCGGACCUGGUGCUGGAGCUGGCCUGGAGACACGGCCUUGUGGGCCUGGCCAUGCCCUACUUCAUCCAGGUGAUGAAGGAGUACCUGAGCAAGGUGGACAGACUGGAUGCCUCAGAGAGUCUGCGCAAACAGGAGGAGCAUGUAGUGGAAGCCGCCCCUCUCCUGUUUGGUCAGCAGCUGAUGCUGACAGCAGGCCCAGGCCCAGCCCCUGCCCCUACUGGCUUCCCCUAUGGAUAUGAAGCUGCUCCUGCCUUCACCCAGCCUCCUGUGUCCGGCUUCAGCAUGUAGUGGGUGCUCAGUGGCAACACCCCCUCUACUGGGUUAUUACCCUCCUCAGGGGGCGUGUCAGCCCAGAAGCACAGAGGACCCUGAUGGCAGGCAGGGACACCUGGACAUUAUUUUUGCCGAGGCCCAGCGAUGGCAGCCUCUGAGCCAGCCCUGAGCCUGAGGCCAGGGUAGCCACUGACUGGGAGAAGACUGGUUCCAGCCCUCACGCAGGGAAGUUGACUCGGAGCCAGACAUUCCUGGGGAGUUCUUGUCUGCAAGAUUCCCUGGUCCUGUGGGGGAAGGGCACCCUCUCCACAUUCUGCACCGGUGGAGCCGCCCCCUCCAGGCUACUUGCAGACACAACUGAACAGACCUUAUAACCUGGCCCAGAGCCUCCUGCCGAUCAUGAAUAUUAAAGUUGGUUUAUCAAGGCAAAGUUUCCCUGCUUGGUGCUGGUGUGCGAAGGAGGGGACGUAGGAUUUUCCAGGACCUCUUGCGGGGUGGGGGACCUGCGGCUGCCUUCGGGUUCUUCCCCGACGAUGCGCCCUACGUGGAGCUUUAAAUCCCGUGGCAGCUGUGGUAGCCACGUGGCCAUUCGCGUGUUGAAAGGCCAAACCCUCAAACUUCAGGGAGGUAGCUAGCCCCACGUGUUUCGGGGAAGGGUCCUUUCUCCACCCGUGAUUGCCAAGGGUCCUGUCGCUCCUGACUGACACAGAGACCGUGGAACCCGCUCCUUCCCGCACCCAGCUCCGCCAGAUACCGAGGCAAGUUAUAGAAACUGCACCUUGACCCACCUCUCUAGGCCCGGGCGCAACGCCGCCUCCCGAGGACCCGGGCUCGGCCAUUGGCUGGGCUGUCGUCCCGCCCCUGCGCCUGCCUCCGGACGCCCCGCCCGGCCUCAGUUUCCCGGCCGGCGAGGGGCG